GUGGUAUCUGGGUUGAUGGUUUUCUUAGUCUUUUUUCUUGCUUUCUCGUGAAGAAUCACGCAAAAUCUCAUGAAUUUUCUUGGCUACUGUAAUUAGGUCUAUAUAUAGAAUGCAAUCUAGUGUGCGUACGUAUAUAAGAAGCUGUCACUGUCGUCAGAUUAUUCGUGUGUGAGUGAGAAGAAUUUUUUUAACAAAAUUGAGGCGGCGGAGUGGUGUUGAUGAUGACGAGUAGCAGUCAGGCUGUCGCAGUUCGCAGCAAAGGCAUCGCAACAUGCAUGACAUGUCCCAUCUGCAAUAAGCUAUUCAAAAAUGCUACCACCAUCACUGAAUGUCUUCACACAUUUUGCAGGAAGUGCAUUUAUGGCAAGAUUACAGAAGUGGGGUUGGGAAACUGUCCUGAAUGCAAAGUAUAUCUCGGUUGCGCUCCAUUGAAAAAACUCAGGGCCGACCAUAGUGUGCAACAUAUUAAGGCUGCAAUCUUUGAUUCCUUAAAAAGAAGAGAGCCUAAUCCUUUGCUUACUACAAUAGAGUCAAUGGAACCUGAAGUUAUGCCCACUAUUCCAUUGCUUUCCAGAAGUAAGGAAAGAUAUCUCUCUUCCUUGGUUAGCCAACCUAAGGCGUCAAAUAGGGCUGCAACGAGUAGAAGAAAGAAAUCCUUGCCAAGAAAGUUCGUUGCUUCACGAGGAUCCACUUUAUCCGUUGAGGAGCCAAUGAAGAACAGGGAAGCCAUUCCCGAGAACUCAAGCCCUCUUGUGACUCUAACCAAGAUUGCAGAAAAUAAAAAGCCGAAUUUCUUUGCUGGCGAGUCAUCUAAGCAAAAUGUGCCUUGUGAAUGUGCAAAGGCCCCUGUUGAGCCAUUGGAAGGUACGACUGCUCUGUGGAAACCUUUGAAUUGUCUUGUAGAAACUGCAGGUAUAACAAAGCCCGACAAGUCUAUUUUGCAAGAAUCUGUGGCAAAUUCAGCACUGCCCGUUGUCCAUGAAGAUGAGGAAAAUGCGAACAAAAUUACCAAAUUGAAGGAACGAGCUAAUAAAUCUAAAGUCAACAAUGAUGAGGGUCGAUCAAUGCUCGUGCCAUCAGGUUCAGAAAAACCUAAAAAGAAUCGUAGGGGUCGACCAAAACGAGCUAUGGCCACUGAAGGGACAAAUAUUGCACCACAAGCUGUGGUUAAUGCUGCAAGCACUAUGUGCUAUAGAAAAGUUCAUCCAAUUUGGUUGUCCUUGAUUCCUUCUGAUGCUCAGGAAGGAGAUGCACCGUUGCCACAGUUACGCUCCUGCUACUUGAUGAUAAAGGAUGCAAAUGUACCAGUUUCAUCCAUCCAAAAGUUCGUUGUAGAUAGGCUGGAUCUUAACUGCCAUCAAGCUGAGGUGGAGAUCUCAUUGAAGGGUCAGCCAUUGCACCCCAGCUUGCGACUGCAUAACUUAAUAGAUUUGUGGUUGCAGACAAUAGCAAAAUCAGAAGAAAUAAAGGCAACAGUGGGCAGCUCAGCGAAAGAUUGUGUGAUGGUUCUCUGUUAUGGUUGGAAACCUCAGCCCUGUUAAACAUCUUUCUACUUCCUCUGCAUCAACUGUGAUCUUGAGCCUAGGCCACCUGCUCGAAAAAAUCAAUUUUCCUAGAGUUCCCAGAUCUUGCUUUAGCGGAUGUUUCGUGCACUGGUCAUACUUUGUCUUUUUACAUUCAUAUGGAAAAGUUUUAAGUUGUACAAUCUUUUAGUUGCAUCACCAUAUGCAUCCAAAUGCUUUGCGUUGCAUGUAGUUUUACCUGUACUUUUAAUGAGUUAAGGCUUUGUUUUUAUUAUAUACAAACAUGCAUGCAUGUAACAAAAUAAAGUAGGGUGGCCAGACAU